GAUAAGCCCCGAGCGACCCGUUCGGCUCCACUCCUCUCUCUUUCCCCUUUCCUCUGCCUCGUGCUCUCCUUUCCUCGCCGCCGCCACCCCAUCCUAGGCGCCUCUCCUCGUCGAACCAGCCGCCUCCUCCCCAUCUUCACGCGCAGCCUCCUCUCCCUCAAGCCCCGCCUCCUUCCCACCCGGGUUUCGCCUCUUCGGGCGGCAGGACGCAGUGGCUGUGCUGAUGGCAGAUGGGGCGACAACGGUAGCGCUCCUCCUCUCCCAUGGCGGUCGGCGGCGCUCUGGACGUGGAGGCCUGCUCCUAUUGCUCCUCCUCUGCCCGCUCCACCUCUCCGCGGCUGAGUCCGAGUGCGCCAAGUUCGCCGGCCCGCGCGCGCGCACCUGCACCAGCUCCGCUUCAUCCGGCCCAUGCCAUGCUGCGUCCACCGCGUCGCCUCCUCCUGCGCUGCCCGGCUCCGCCGCCCCCGACCACGCCCCUGCGCAUGCCGCUGCAGCGCCCCCCGCGCAGUCGUCGGCUCCCUCCGGCCGGCUCCGCCUCUGCCCGGGGCCGGGUGCUCCUCUCCUCGCGCGCCCUCGCGGCCUGAAGGCGGAUAUGUACGGAGGAUCCACGAGCUUGGUGCCAUCCAUCCCGUCCGGCGACGCUCACCCCCUCUCCUCCAACGCGUCGGUGCUCUAUUCACUUGCGUCUUCGCUGCCUCAAGUGCGCAAGCUGCAAAUGCGACCACCAGGUGUUUGUAUAAAUGCUCAAGGAGGACGGCUCUGGAGAGGACAACACGUGUGUUUGAAAGAGAGGGAUGGAAAAGAGGGGGCUGGAGUAAGAGAAGAGGAAGGAGUGGAGCCACAUGUUAUUUCUUUGUCAUCGACGUCAUCCCAUCAUUAUAGAGAUUUUCUUGGAUGACAUGCCUCCCAUACUCUCGCCCCUUGUGCUCCAUCUGUGUUGGUACCCUUUCAUGGUUUCUUGUCUCCACUUCUUUCAUGAUUCAUUCUUUUCAAAUACUAAUACAGGUUGUUAUACUAAUUUGAUUGAUGUGGGUGGUGUAAUAAUUCAGGUCGUGCAUGACGGUCUGCUGAUUUCCUUGAUGCUUCAUCAGGUUUCACUUUUUUGAUACAUUGAUUGGUUCCCAAUUUGAUGCAAAUAGCCAAAAUGAAUGGAUAUUACUUGCGGCCAGACUAAAUUUUCUGUGUUUUUUGUGUGUGAUUAUGCUCAAGUUUUGGAAGAAUUGGGCUAAGGGGUGAUUGUGCUCAGGUUUUGAUGCAGUUCUUUUGAAUUCUGAAACUUUGGUUUGGUAUGACAGACAAUGCUAUUAAUAUUUGAACGGACAAUAUAGUUACUAGAGUCACUUCAUACUAACACGCAAACUCAUUUUGUAUUGCAGUGAGAUUCAGAUAAUUUUAAGAAACACAUGGAAAGGAGUCCAAACGGGCUCGGCGUACAUGGUUUUCAGUUAACGUGUCCUAUUUUUGCAGUGAGUGAUCGAUGAAGGAAGCACAAGGAAAAGAGCAAGCCAAAACAUUGAUGGAUUGGGCAACUUGUUCCUGUUAGUUUCUCUAUUGGCAAAGAACAAAAUCCUAUUAAUUAUUUUUUGUGUAUGCAUAAUGUAUAGUUAAUCAAUUGGCUGCGUAUGGUGACAUUAGUAAUGACCUUGACAGUUACAAGUGAAAGGUGAUUCUCAGACCGAAAAAGCAGCUGCGUUGCGCGAAUCCCAGAUCUUGUAAUGACCUCGAACUGUAUUUACACCGGCUUAGAGACCCCUCGGCUGGCUUAAUGACCUUGAACUGUAAUAAUCUUGUAAGAACUAAAAAAACGUUGUCCAGAACAUGUCCAUUGAUAGUAAGAUUGUUUGUGAUAAUGAAAGGAGACAAUGCGUUUGAUAUAGCUUGUCAUGAGAUAAUGAAACAAUAGUGUUUAUUUGGUCACCAGCAAGAUGAUGAUGUGAAACGAACGGCUAUUUGCGCCUUUCAGAGUUUCUACCAUUUAAUAGUUUCCCAUAACAAAAUAUUCGCUAAUAGUUAGACAACUUGUGAUUUUUGUUCCUAUGGGUAAACAAAUAUAAGGUUAAUCAUGUAAGCAUAGCUUGAGCAAAAGCACAUGAGUUAGCUUCUGGAUUGGUAGCUAAAAAUGAGAUACUUAUGGUUGUUGAUGCCUUCCUUUUUUGUAGUAACAUCCAUGUGUCCAGCAUAUGUAGAACAUUAGAUUUUUCUUGGCUGAUUGUUGUAGUUCGUUCUCAAGGUUUGGAAAUUUUUUUAGCUAUAUUCCUUGUCUCAUGCAAGCAGGAGCAAUAUCUUCUUUAUGUUGUGUGCCGCCAAGUUUCUCUAUUUUAGAUGGUUGUGUCUUUUCGCUUCUAAAAAGGGAUAUGUAUUUUAUUGAUCUGACUAUAAUUUGUGGUAGGUACAUGCUGAAAGAUGUUCUGAGGCUAGCACUUGGUUUAGAAGUUUUGCACUUCACAACAAUACCUCAUAAUUGUGAUUUGAUGUCCAGAAUGUUAAUUGAAGAAUGAGUCUAUGAACUGAACUGCAUUGUAUUUUGUAAUAUAUCCUUAUAUAUGGUGUUUGUGGCGUUUUUUCGUAAUCAUAAGUUUUUAGAACAAUUCGCCUUCUAUCACUUGCGACCUAGACCAUCUUUUUCUGGACUAAUGAUUCCAGUUUAUUUAUAUUUGUAGAAACCUCAUUGAUCCAGGUUUCUUUAUAUUUGUUCAGGUUUCGGUCAACGGAAACAGGACUGUUGUAUGCACUUCUUUUUACGAAGAUGUACUUGGUGUUGCUUGGUAGGGAGAAAUGAAGUGUGUGCCUCAUUGUGAAUUCUAUCGUGAAGCAACUAUUUUAGUUAUAUGUCAAUUUCUAGGGCACACGAGGUCAGCUUAAAUAUGGAAGUCUGCUGACAGUGUUCCCACGCUUAUGCUUCAUCCAGGGGAGUGUGCUGACAGUGGAUGAUUUUUUUUUGUAUAAUUGGUUUGGACAUCAUAAGUACAUACUAUUUCAGUACAAUUUAGGCUAUGGCAGUGUGUUGGAUCCGUAUGCUUCAUUUAGUAUACGCCCUCCCUCCUCGCUUUUUGUCUUGCUUCUCAAUCAACACCUAGGUAAUUAUGGGGGAAUGUAGCCUCUUCUCUGGUCAAACUAUCGGUUCUUGUUGCGUGUAUC